AUGUUAUACAGUCCUAAGUGUUUUAUCUUAUGCAAUAUCUUACCUCAGACUGUGCGGGACGGUGCCGGACCAUCGUAUUCCUCUUAUCCUGAGGAACCUCAGACUGUGCGGGAAGGUGCUGUCCUUCCAAAAGAUAAGAGGUUUCCUUGUACUGAGUGUGAGAAGUGUUUUCAUUUUAAAUCUCAUCUUAAUGUGCAUAAAAGAUCUCACACAGGUGAGAAUGUGGUUUCCUGUUCUGAGUGCGGAAAAUGUUUUGUAAAAAAAUCUGAACUUUUAAAACAUCGAAGGUCUCACACAGGGGAGAGGCCGUAUUCCUGUCCUGAGUGUGGAAAUCGUUUCUCAGAGAAAUCCAAUCUUUACACACAUCAGAGAUCUCACACGGGGGAGAAACCCUAUUCCUGUCCUGAGUGCGGAAAACGUUUUUCACUGAAGUCCGUUCUUAAUAAACAUCAGAGAUCUCACACGGGGGUAAAGCCGUAUUUCUGUCUUGAGUGUGGGAAAAGUUUUUUACAGAACUCCCAUCUUUACAGACAUCAGAGAAUGCACACGGGGGAGAAGCCGUAUUCCUGUCCUCAGUGCAGUAAAUGCUUUGUACGAAAAUCAGAACUUGUCAUACAUCAGAGAUCUCACACAGGUGAGAGGCCAUUUUCUUGUCCUGAGUGCAGGAAAUCUUUUACACAGAGGAUUUCACACAACCCUCGAGGUUUAUUAGUGACUUGUGUGCGGGAAAUGUCUAUAUGA